AUGAGUCAAAAUGAACAAGCAAAUGGAGGCCAGAAUAACGGUCAACGUAAGUUUCGAUUUUUUGGUUUUUGUUCUUGAGUUUAGCAGAGUCUACGUAGAUUGUGAUAAGAAAAAAACAUUGUGUAAUGUCGUAAUAUCGAGAAUCUUUAGCUAAACGCUACAUUCCGCCUGCUCUGAGAAACCAAAACCCAUCGUCGUUGGGUGAAGUGCCCGAGGGACAAGCUACCCAACACUUUCAAGACCGUCGUGGCGGAGGUGGCAACAACUACAACUCUGGUGGCAUGCAUAAAAGCCAAAGCUUUGCCGGAAACCCUGAAUACGGAGGUCAACGCAGCUACAACAACGGUGGAGGCUACGGCCAGCGACGUCACGGCGGUGGUGGUGGCGGAUACGGAGGUGGGUACGACAACAGAGGUGGCAACCGGUAAGCCUUACUGUUCAUUAUUGCGUAAUGUUGGUUAUUUUCGUAUCUUUUUUUUUAUUUUACGAUGCUAAGCAGUUUUUUGCUUUGUUAAGGCAAAUUGAAAUUAUUGAACUUGACGUUUUCACAAGUAUAAUAAAAGGAUUAUUUUAUAAAGAUUUCUAAUUUCAGCGAUGACCACAACAGUGGCUUCGGAGGUGGACGUCGUGGAGGCAGUCGACCCAGCUACGGCGGUCGUUUCUCGUACGACCAGCGCAAUGUUCACGAUGAACGACAAUGGGAAGACCAAUCGUAUGUUUUGUUAACCUUAAGAUUAACCUAAAUUUAGUCGCCAGAAUAACCGUAUGAAUCAGAGAAGCCGAGAUGCUGAGAUCAACGAGAGAGCCUGGGAAAGCCAAGCUCCCCCAGAUCAAGAGCUCGAAAACGAGCUGUUUGCUGGCAUGAACUCUGGCAUCAACUUUGACAAAUACGAAGAAAUCCCAGUAGAAGCUACUGGCAAAGACUGUCCAGCACCAAUUUCACACGUAGGUUUAACUAAUGGUUUUGAACUUUGAAUAUGGUUUACGCGAAAUCCGUCAAUAAGAUUAAAAUUUCAAAUAUUUUUUACUGUUUUUUGUAUUUAUGAUAGUUAUUAUUGUUUUUCAGUUUGCUGAUUUGAAUUUGCAUCCUUGGAUAGAAGAGAACAUCAAAAAGAGUGGAUACGAUCGUCCCACUCCAGUACAAGUAAGUUUCAAGACAAUAUUUAUGUAAAAAUGAAAAUUUAGGUAAUAAAUCUGAAUAAAAAUCGACUUUAUAACUAAAAUGUUAUUUUUAUAAUUUUUGGUUUAAACUAAGAAAUAUUAACACAAAAAAACUUACAGAAGUACUCAAUCCCCACCUUGAACGCGCGCCGUGAUCUGAUGUCGUGCGCCCAGACUGGCUCUGGAAAAACGGCCGCUUUCCUCGUUCCUGUGAUUAAUAGAAUUCUUAUGGAUGGUCCUAGUCAGAUGAAAACGCCAUCAGUUCAUUUCGGAAGAAAGUGUCAAUACCCACUUGCUCUUAUCAUCUCCCCAACUCGAGAGUUGUCGCUUCAGAUCUACAACGAGUCUAGAAAGUUCGCCUACAGAACGCCCAUCACGUCGGCCUUGUUGUACGGUGGCCGUGAAAACUACCGUGACCAGAUCAACAAGCUUCGUGUAAGUUUACAUGUUUUGGUUAGGCUUUUGGGAAACAUAUUGUUUUGAAUAAUUAAAAAUAAAAAGUUACGAUAUUUUUGGAAAGUCUUGAUCAAUUAAUUUGGUUUAGCUUGGAUGCCACAUCUUGAUUGCUACUCCAGGCCGUUUGAUCGAUGUUAUGCAAAACAAUUUGAUCGGUUUGGACGCUUGUCGCUAUCUUGUUCUAGAUGAAGCUGAUAGAAUGUUGGACAUGGGUUUCGAACCACAAAUCCGUCGCGUAAGUUAUUUCUGAAACUUUAAAGUUCAUCGAGUAAUUAAAAUCUUUUUAAAUGAAGCCACCUUUUACUGUUUUUGAACUGCAUGUUUCCUAUACGAUAACUAAAAAAUGGUAUUUUAGAUUGUGGAACAAAGUUCGAUGCUUCCAAGAGGCGAGAGAGUGACGGCUAUGUUCUCAGCCACAUUCCCCAAGGAGAUCCAAUUAUUGGCUCAAGAUUUCUUGCAAAAUGAGUACGUCUUCUUGGCCGUCGGCCGUGUCGGAUCGACCUCUGAAAACAUUGUCCAGAAGGUGAUCUGGGUGGAUGAGCACGAUAAGCGUGCUGUUCUCAUGGAUCUUCUGGACGCCAGCGACCGUGAAGCGUUGACUUUGGUAUUUGUGGAAACAAAGAGAGGAGCUAGUGACCUGGCCUACAUGCUGAACAACGAAGGCUACGAGGUUGUCGCCAUUCAUGGAGAUUUGAAGCAGAUGGACCGUGAAAGACAUCUGGACGCUUUCAGAUCUGGAGAGGCUCCGAUUCUGGUGGCUACUGCUGUCGCUGCUCGUGGAUUGGAUAUUCCAAAUGUCAAGCACGUUAUUAACUAUGAUCUACCAUCUGACGUUGACGAAUAUGUUCACCGUAUCGGUCGUACUGGUCGUGUGGGUAAUGUCGGUAAGUUUUACAUUUAUUAUUGGAGUUUGAAACUUGAAUUAUCUUAUCCGUUUUAAUGUUGAAUACGUUUCAAAUUGCUAAAAACGUGCUAAAUUUAUGUUUUUAGGUAUGUCGACAUCGUUCUUCAACGAUCGCAACCGCAACAUUGCUCGCGAACUGACCGAGUUGAUUGUGGAGACCAACCAAGAACUACCGGAAUGGCUAGACCGUGUGGCCAACGAGGCCAGAACGGGCGCUCGCGGAAACGCCAGAAGAGGUGCCAGUGGAGGCAGCCGCUUCGGAGGCCGCGAUCAUCGUCUUCAACAGAACGGCGGUUUAACCGGCAGCAACGGCACUGGAAUGGGUGCGGCCAAUCGUUUCGGCGGAGGGGGCAGCGGAUUCCACAGUCAGCCGGCUGCUAGCGGAUUCAGUCGUCCUGGAAACAACCAAUCUCAGAACUCCUCCAAAGCUGUAAGUAGUUUUUAAAAUUUUUUAGUUUAGUUAUCGUGCAAAACAUUAGUUUUUGGAUAAAACUAGGGAGGCUGAACCAAAUUGUUUUAAAAAAUGUGUUUUAUUUUAAAAUAUUUUGCUCGGCCAUUCGUACUUUUGAAACCGCGUGAUUAAACAUUAGUUAUUUUUUAGAACGUUCUUAACUUUUUUUAACAAACUUAUUGCUGCAAUAUUCUAAUGAAAUCUGUUUCAGAACUGGUGGGACUAA